GGCACCUCGACGGGUGAUCUUCAUCUGCUUAAUUUUCAGACAAAACAUAACCACCCUACCUGGUCUCUGGCGGUUGCGAAACCCAACACUUUGUGAUCACAAGGAAGCUGUUACUCCGGCUGUCCUGCAAUGUCUCAACGCUGAACCCACCCCAAACCGUCGCCCAGCAAACAGCAGCUUGUCGCUCAUCGACCUCAUCGACUAACAAAGACGGCCGCCGAGUCCUGAAAUGCAAUCCAUGUCUAUCUCGACGACGGCCUUUGGCACAACCCUCCCUCGAACCUUGCUCGACACCACCCUCCCCGCCGACCCCGACUCUGCCGCGCGUCUCUAGAGCGGCCAACAACUGCAAAUGCCACUCCCCAAAUACUCCUGUGACGAUGACGCGUGUUCCGCCGCCCCGCCAGCCUCGACCACCACCUGGGUCGGCAUGAUCCUGUCGCUCACCCCCUUCAUCCUGACCUUCUUCGCCGUCUCCACCGCCGUCUCCAAGAAGCUCAUCCCCCGGCUGUCCCGUAUAUCCGCGGCCCGCGACGGCGAGGACCACCUCCUCCCGGCGAGCGCACCGCCCUCCCUGCAGCAGGUCCACUCGGAGCACGGCUCCAAGUCACUGCGGAGGCGGCUGGCCGCCGCCACCGUCGCCGCCACCAUCGGGUUGGCCACCGUGCUGGGCGAGCUGAUCCUGGCCGAGAUCUCCGACGUCGUGAGCGCGGCUGCGAGGGACGCCGCCCUCAGGCUCGUCGUCCCCACCCUGCUGCUCUUCCUCGUCGGCGUCAUCCCCUUCCUCGAGAUCCAGAGCGUCCUGGCCGGAUCCGGGCUGUGUAGCUUUCAGCGCACCGCCAAGGGGAGGUUUCCCCGCUGGGCUUGGACCCUGCAAGGCUUCGGCUUCGGGCUGUGGCUGUUCGUAUUCUGGAGUAUUGGCAAGGCCGUCCCCGCGGGCCAUGCGGGCGACGAGGGCUUUAUCUACUCGAGGAGUGCGAGACACAAGGGCGGCUUCGAUGCGACGGGCAUGACCCUGGGGCUAAGGUGGAAAGAUGGCGCCAGCCUGCCCUGGACAGUAGACACUAUUGCGCGGGCGUGCCUGGAGCGCAUCGGUAUUAUUGGUAUAUCGCUUAUGGCGCUGCUCUCGGGGUUCGCGAGUGUGUCGAGCCCAUACUCGAUGUUGGCGGAUAGCACCUCAAGGAGAAAGAGACCCAUCACCGACGCGGACAUUGCGAGGAAGCUCGCCGGGCUGGAGGCCACGGGAGAGCUGCUGGUUACCAAGCGACACAGGUUGCGGUCGUUGCAGAGGAAACAGGCCGCAACAACAGAUUCUAACGCCAACGCGGGCUCUUCUGGCGUCAUGGGCAAGAUUGUGGGGUCGCUCAAGGGCAUCGGCGGCGGGGGCGACGCAGCAGAAAUCAAGGCCCUGCAGAUGGAGAUAUCGGGGCUGGAGACCAUGGAAUCAAAUCUUUCUUCGGCGCUCUCGGCCCUCCGAAGCAAACAGGCCGCCCAGGCGCGUGCGGGCACCGCAUGGGGCCGGUUGCUUACCAUCCCGGCCUACAUAUUCAGCAUCUACUGCGUCUACCGAAUCCUCGCUACUUCCCUGACCUCGUUCCGCCGGCUCUACUACCCAGCGUCGGCGAGUUUCAGCUCCUCGGACCCCAUCAACCGUUUCCUCGGCCUGCUCGCGAAGCACUGGGACCCGAAGCUCGAUCAGAUGGCCUGGGCGCGGCAGAUCUCCUUCCUCCUGUCGGGGGUGAUCCUGAUCGCGAGCGCCAACGCCGUCGUCCAGACCUUCCACAUCUUCGCCAAGUGGGCACCCGGGCUGCUCCAGCAGGCCCAGGCGAACCUGGCGCUCCUGAUCGGGCAGACCAGCGCGACCUACGUUAUCAGCGCCGGCCUGCUCCUCCGGAGCAACCUGCCCAAGGACAUGGGCAGCGCGGUGGGCCACGCGCUGGAGAGCGCCCUCGAGCCGACGUUUGUCGACCGCUGGUUCGAGGCAUGGUUCUUGCUCUCGAGCCUGGCUACCGCUGUUGGUAUCUGGGUGGGCAGGAGACUACAUGGGCAUAGCGGAAUUGGUGGCGAGUGGGAUGAAUGGGAUGAGUUUGCGGGCGAGGAGAUGGCCCAGAAGAGGUCCUGAUGUUAGAUCGCUCAGCCUCAUGUUAUAACACUUUCUUGCUACCAGACUAUAGAUUAUUUAUUUUUAUUUUUGAUUCUUCUCAA